GAGUCCAGCUGAGCGUGUGGCUGUGCGCAGGCGCAGUGAGAGUAUGAACCGUGGAGCUGGAAGCUGAAGUGUCUCCAGAGAUGAAGACACCUCCGGACAGGUCAGGAAUCACUUUUGAGGUCGGAGCCCUGCUUGAAGCCCGAGAUCGACACAAGAACUGGUACCCAGCGACGAUCGAGAAGAUUGACUUUGAUGAAGAGCGGGUCCAGAUCCACUACCGCCAGUGGAGCCGGCGCCAUGACGAGUGGUUUCAUUGGAGCUCCCAGUAUCUGCGGCCGCUGGAGCGAGUCAGUCUGAGGAGGCUGGGCCUCAAUCCACCACUCUCUACACCGAUGUUUGUCUCAGGCAUGAAGGUUCUGGCCUGUUGGACAGACUGUCGAUUCUACCCGGCCAAAAUCCUCAGUGUCAACAAGGAUGACUCCUACACAGUGCGUUUCUAUGAUGGUGUGGUUCUGACUGUGAAGCCCACCAAGAUCAAACCCUUCCAUGUGAAGUCCAAAUCUGAGAAGAGUGCAGUGGGAAGCGAGGGAUGGGAGGAAGGAGAGAGCGAGGAGGAGCAGCACGAAGUGGAUGGGGGAGAAAUAGAUGAAGAGAUGGAGAAGAAGGAAGAGAAGGAAGAGGAGGAAGAGGAAGAGAAGGAAGAAACUGAGGAGGAAGAGGAGAGGAAGAGGAAGGCAGAAGCUUCACCCUCUCAUUCACCAGUGAAGAAGAAAACCGAUGAAGGUAGAAGCAGUGGAGCUCAAAGUCUGUCAAUCACAGAUGACUCCGCCCAGCUGGCAGCUUCUCAUGACAGAGACCUCCUGUUGGAGCGUCAGGCCCACCUCCCCACCACGCACAAAUACAGCAGAGAACCAUUGUAUCGUGUGAUAAAGAACCAGCCUCCUCCGAUCCUCUCCAUCGAGUUGGACCACAACCCGUUCAAGUGUCCGUCAUCGGGCUGCACCAAGUCCUUCAGGAAGGCCAGUCUGCUGCACUACCACAUCAAGUACUACCACUCUGACCAGCAGCUGGACGAGGCAGGCAGCGAGCAGGAGGCCCCGAGGAGGAAGCGGUUGUCUUCUGAGGGAGUCGACUCUGCGUCAGACAGGAAGAAUGAGAACCAGAAUGUGACUUUUCACCGUGAGGACACAGAGCACAGCAGCAUCGGAGCAGAGGUGAAGAAGGACGGUGGGAGGGAGGGAAGUGGAGGACAGAGCAAGAAGGAGAGGAAGAACUUCUUGAGGGUCAAACUAAAGAAGAAAAAGAAGAAGAAGAAGAAGAAGAAAAGUCAGUCAGGUCUCGGCAGCAGUGAUGACGAGAACACAGACAGACCUGCUCUCACUCUGAAGCUGUCCACCGGACCAACCGACACCCCCCCACCAGUGGACGAGGGCAGUGACUGGUCCACGCUGACAGCAGAGAGUGGCGAGGACACGCCCUCCUGGCCUGUGGCGAUGGAGACAGAGGAGUGUGAGGUGGUGAGGUGUGUGUGCGAGGUGGAUGAGGAGAACGACUUCAUGAUCCAGUGUGAGUCGUGUCUGUGUUGGCAGCAUGGGACCUGUAUGGGCUUAUAUGAAGACAACGUGCCACACAACUACAUCUGCUACUACUGCAGACACACUGCAGGCUGGAGGCGGGCCCAGCGGUUCCUGUCAGAGCCUGAUUUGCUGAUAUCUGGUCACAUGUUCGGUCUGUCGUGUGUGAAGGAGAACUACUCCGAGAUCAACGCCUCCAAGAUCACGCACACCGGCCACCUGCUGGCCCACACGCAUGGCCUCAAUCAGGUCCUCAGUGGGCUGCAGCUGAAAAUCAGCUUGUUACACUCUCCGUCCCACCCCGACCUGCAGCUGUGGAGGUUGCCAUGGAGGCAGCAGGAGGGGCACAGGUUGACCUCCAGCCCCGGAGGAGAUCUGUCCUCCUGCUACGUCAGCAGCGAGCACUGCUACCAGAAGCCAGGAGCAUCAUGGGAAAAGGCUGAGGGGACAGAAAAAGAGGAACAGGAAGUCAACACUGAGCUGAAGGAAAUAAAGACAGAAGACAGCGACACUACGGCUGAUGACGAUAAAAACACGUUGACACACACGGACACACUCGGCGACAUCAACAUAAAAACAGAAAAGCACACACACUCAGACUGCGAGGAACACACACACACCUGGACACACAUCCCUGAGCCCCGUCCAGGGACCGAGGCCGAGUGUCAGCUGAACCUGCUGGAGCAUGUGGAGUCCUUCCACCACCAGAUCAGUGCCAGGAUGGAUCUGAUAGAGCGAGAGCUGGACGUGUUGGAGUCCUGGUUGGAUCACUCAGGUGAGCUGGAGCCUCCCGACCCUUUGUCCCGCCUCCCGCAGCUCAAACAGCGAAUGAGGCGGCUGCUGCGUGACCUCUGCACCGUGAGACGCCUGUCGGUCUGCUGCUGACCCCGUCCCUCCUCUCCGACCCCUGACCUUGGACCCUGUAAGGCCCUCCUGGCCAAUGAAGCAAAGGGACAGACAGACGAGGCCAGCUCACGACAGGAUGUUGGGGGCGUCGCUCUGAGGAUCGUUUCCACUCAGUCGCAGGACACGCCCCCCUCUAGUGGUCGCUCUGCAGAGCGGCGGUUUCCUGAAGUAACUGAACAGUGGAUUUUUGAAAACUUAAAUUUCACAAAAGGUACAAGAAACAUUUCCUGAACCAGCACGACUCCAGUCUGCGUCAUCACACAGGCUGUGGUGAAGACAGGUUUUUAUAAGUGAUCAUCAGGAGACGUUAAGGUUUGACUGUGUUACAGCUUUAGACUGAAGCAAUAUGUUACCUUCAUUUUGAACUUCCUGUUGUGUAUAAUUCAGCUGCUGACACACGUAUUUUAUGACAUCAGACGAUUUCCAUUAUUUUAUCAAUUUGACAUUUCUCAGUUCAAAGGUUUUAGUAAUUUUAGUAAAAUAGAGUUUUUUUCUUUUUUUUUUCUUAAAAAGUUUGAUAUUUCGCUUUUUACGUGAAAGAUAAAAAACUUUGUCAGCGUGUUUUAAGUUUAAAGGUUCGUUCACAACCUUAACUAAAUUAAUAUUUAGUUGUGAAAGUUUGGUGGGCAUUCCCACUCAUGAACCAAGAGAAGGAAAUCUCAUUUCCUCUAAAGACCGUUUCAUGGUAACAGCUGAUUCUUCUCAGUUUCAUUAAAACCAGCAAAACUUUCCUCCAUCGUAGCACAAAAUGUUUAAAAUGUAAAUAUGUUGAAUUGAAUGUUUGAUAGAAGAAUUUAACUGUAUAAAGCCGCAGAGUUAUUUUGAUAGAACAGUCAUGAGGGAAGUUUGGAGAAUUUGAGUAAAAAGUUGUAAUUUCAAGAAAAAAAGUCCAAUUGAAACUUUUCUUCUGAUUAUUUUCUGAACACGACUCCAGUGUUUCCUUUGACAGUGACGCUGAUGAACUCACAUCUUCUUCUCUUCACUUAUUUUAAAGUUGAAGCUGUUUGAUUUGAGCUGUUACAGAUGCUCCUCAUCCACAUACGAGUCUGACUUCACCACCUUGUUAGAAACCUCCAGUUUCUUCCACCUGAAACCAGUUCAACCAGUUCAGAUCGGUUCAUCUGAGUGGACGAGGAUCAUCCUCGAGGUUUUCAAGCUCUGAAUAAAAUGAUACAACUUCA